AGAGCGCGUCAAUAGCAGCUAAACCACCGGCACAAUGAGACGGUGGUGUAGGACCGGAGCGACCUUGGUGUGUGGAGCGGGACUCGGAGCUGCGGUCAGCCGCCUACUGAGCCUCAGAGGCGGGGAGGAGGAGGACGGUUUGCUCAACCGAGUCCCGGUGGUCCCGGUCCUGAGAGUCCAGGCCUCCGAGCUGACGUUGAGUCCAGGUAAGUCAGGAGCUGUGAUGAAGUAUGGCUUCCCCUCAUUGGCCAACAUCAAGACCAGAGAGUCCUACGUCACCUCCUACGACCCUCGCACACGCACUGCAUCCUGGGUAAUAGAGAGGCUGAAUCCCUUGUCUCUGAGUGGCUCGUCAGACAGGAAGUACUGCGACUUCAAAGAGGACGACAGCAUACACAUGUUUCACAGAUCGACCAACGCUGACUUCAAAGGGAGUGGCUUUGACAGAGGUCACCUGGCUGCUGCAGCCAAUCACAAGUGGAGUCAGAAAGCUAUGGAGGACACCUUCUACCUGAGCAACGUUGCUCCACAGAACCCUAACUUGAACCAGAACACCUGGAACAAUCUGGAGAAACUGUGUCGAUCUCUGACCAAACGCUACCUCAACGUCUACGUCUGCACUGGCCCGCUCUACCUGCCCAGGCAGGAGGCUGAUGGGAAACUCUACGUUCGUUAUCAGGUUAUUGGGCGAAACCACGUCGCUGUGCCAACACACUUCUUCAAGGUGCUGAUCUUGGAGCAGGCUGAUGGUAGGGGGGUGGAGCUUCGGUCGUACGUUUUACCAAAUGAACCAAUAGAUGACAAGGUUCCUCUGGAGCGUUUCCUGGUUCCCAUAGAAACUGUGGAGAGAGCGUCAGGACUUCUGUUUGUCCCGAACAUCAUGAAGAGAACGAGCAGCCUGCAGGCCAUCGCCCACAAGUAAACAUCAGUACCCACAAUGCAUCACCCACGAGUGAACUGCAGCACCCACAAUAUAUCAGAUACAUGAACUACAGUACCCAGAAUCCUCUGCUGCUGGAUGUUCUAUCUGUGAACUCAGUUCUUGUUUCCUGUUUCCAGCAGCAGGUUUUAAAGUAGAGGUCCAGACCCGUCCAGAGACCAGAGACCUGAGUCUUAUGGGGUCAGGAAGGGUUCUGGUUUUACUGCUGGUCUCAGGUCUGUGUGUCGUCGUGAUCCGAAUGGAAAACAUAUUGAACUCAUAUUUCAGACAGGAUGGUCUUCUCAAGUCUGACCAGUCUGAUCCAGGUCCAAGUUCAGGUAUUUCCUCUACUUAACUGUAUAAAAACUCUAUAAUCUACUGAUGAGUAUGAGUCUCUCUGACUCAGGUGUUUCUGUUUAUUAUUUUUAAGGCUCGACUUUCAUAUUUCAUUUCUGUUUCUUUCUGUGGUCAAUAAAGAUCUAUCAUCCAUGUGUUUUAAAUAAAGUUGGUUUAAAAAAAUGAAGUGUCAGUGCAGU